AUGUGGCGCCGCGCCCUGGUGCCGCUCCUAUCGCGCCGCGCCCGCGGCGCCUUUGGCGCUUUGGGCCCCACGACGGCGGCCGCGGUGGUGCCGAGUCGGCCCGGACUCAUCGAGUUGAUCAAGAGCAGCAACCGAGAGGCUGACGCGGAAGCUGUCCUACGUGAGAUUGAAGACGUGAACGACCUGGACCAGUUCGGUUCCACCCCACUGAUCCUGGCGGCGCAGCGCGACUGGGCGCAGGUGGUCAAGGAACUGCUGCAGCGCGACGUGGAUCCGAACCAUCAGAACCUCUUCGGCUCCACAGCCCUGAUCUGCGCCGCGGCCAAUGGAUAUCUCAGCACCAUGGAGGAGUUGUUGCUGGACGAACGGGUGGACCUAGAAGUCUCCACGCGUCUGGGGCAGACGGCGCUCUUCAAGGCGGUCCUCUUUGGUCACAUGAACACCACGGAGCGGCUGCUGCAGGCGGGCGCUCAGGCGCAGGUGACCAACAAGAUGGGACAGAAGAUCAUGGAUGUCGCCAAGGAGGAUCAUAAAGACGUUCUUCUGAAGCUCUUCGGCCAACAUCGGAUCGUCGUCUGCAUUGUGAGAGGGAAUUUCACAGCCAAUGGUCAGAACCAUGGCAGGCCGACCUAUAGAAAGGACCAGCAAGUGAAUGGCCUGGAUGUGAUGCUGUACUACUGGGACGAGAGAGACGGUCCCAACUUCUGCGGCUGGUGGUUUGGGCCCAAAGUGGGAGGCGACCAGGUUUGGGCGUACCACAACAGCAGAUCGGCGAUGACGCCCCCGACGCGCGGCUGGAAGGUGCCCUACGACGGCCCCGUGGAUGAGACGUUCUCCAUCGGCCCCGUGGGUGCCGCGCCGCAGGUGCCGCAGGUGCCGCAGGUACCCGGAUUUCCUGCUGCAACGCCCGGCUCCAGACAAGAACAACAAGCCCAGAUGCGGCUGCAGCACGAACAACAGCGCGCCCUGCAACAGCAGCGGAUCAAAGAGCAAGAAGAGCUGAAAGCGAAGCAACAGGAGAUGGCCGCCAGACGCGAGGAGCAAGCGAGACUGGUGGCGGAGCGAAAACAAAAGGAGCAGGUGCCGCCCGGGGAAUCCACAUCCAUCAUCCGAAUGGCGUGUCAAAAGAUUCACAUCGCCAAGGAGGAGACCAUCCAGCAGCUUGAGCAGGAGCUCUACCAGACCAUGCAGUUGCACCUGCCCAACUGCGGCUUCAUGAUGCCAAAGAUCAGAGAGGAAAUGAAGGAACUCCAGCGCCAGGAGUGUGAGCAAGUCCUCCUCCAGACCAAAAAGCGCCUGGAGGAUAUGGCCAGACAAAAGGCCAUCGAUGAGGAGCGAAAGGUGGACGACUUCAACAUCAAGGUGGCGGCCGCAGAGGAAGCGGCCAAGAUGUUGACCGAAAAGGCCGAAGCGUUGACCACUAUUGACACCAUCCUGCAGAUGUCAGAGAAAGAAAUUGAGCAGCAGAACCAGGUCAUCCAGGAGGCUCAUAAGGAGGCCAAUGAUAGGAUCAAGAUUUGCCAUGACUAUUUGCAGGAGUACUACAUGCACAUGAGGGUGCCCGAUUCGCCGGGACAGCCACCUGCAACGGUGAAUGUCAGCCUACAGAAGAUCUCGGAGAGGUUAACUGCCACCACAACGGACAAGGAUGCCAUCUUGGUGAAGUGCUCCAACUGCCGCAAAAUGGCGGACAAGAAGAAGGAGGCGCAGAAGGUGAUGGAGGGCAUCAAUGCCAAAUUCAAGAGCUACGACAGCAACAAAGACGGCUUUUUGGAUAAAAAGGAGAUCAUCGCCUAUUCCAAGAAGGAGUUCAAAUUUCCUCUGGCUGAGAAGGACGUGACCAAGAUCCUAAAGGCUUUAGAGCUUGGCACCAAGGGCGUUCCCCAAAGCGACUUUCAGAAACUGAAGGUGCGCAUCGGCUGCCUGCGCGAGAAGGUGCUGGAUGAUGCACGGCGCAAGAAACGCGAAGCACGAGAGCUGGAGCUGGAAGGGUACAAGGACGAGUUCAAGGCCAAGCUCACGAAGUUGGACGAAAGCACCGAGUCCGUAGAGGCAGAGGUGAAGAAGGUGGAAGACUCCAUGGGCGAGGUCAAGGUGCGUUCUUCAACCUUGCCGUUGGUGGCGGAUUCAGCCCGAAUUGUGGAUGAAGGGGAUGGACGCGCGCGGUCACGUUGCCAAUUGGCUCCCGGCAUUCAGCUGGAGAUCAACCGGCGCUUGACCGCAUGGGAUGCGACGGCACAGGGGAUCUUGCAGGCACCAGCGGCGUCGCUGCCGACAGUGGUACAGCGGGACCUGGAAAAGUUCAACUUGGUGAACUGCACCACGGCUCUGCAUCGCUAUGCCAAGGCGGUGCAUGGCCAUGGUCUCUCGGCCCUACGUCCAUCCAAAAACGAGCCGCAGCUGAAGCGGCUGCUGUCGCGAACCGCAGAAGUGCUGCAGAAAGCCAAGGGAAAGGUGCCAGCACAGAACUUGGCCAAUGCGCUUUGGGCCAUGGAACGGCUGCAGCUCAGUGCCUCGGAGGACGCCGUGAUGGCCGUGGCGUGGCAAGCGCGCGAGGCGCUGCAGUGGUUUCUCUGGAGCUUCACGGGGCAAAACCUGGCCAACGUUGCCUGGGCAGUGGCCAAGAUGCUGAGUGGCCGAGAUGCCCAGAAGCUGCUGGGGUAUCCCACCCAGACGAAGCAAAGCUUCUUUGAUCCCUUCCUGGCAGCGCUGGAGCAGCGUGCUGCGGAUCUCAAUGCGCAGGAGCUUUCGAUGGCUGCCUGGUCCGUGGCGGGCUUUGGGGGGGACGAUGCCAAAGCCAUGCUGCGGGUCUUGCAAGCCCUGGGCGAGGCGGCCCAGUACCGCCUCAAAGAGUUGAGCGCCCAGCAGCUGGCCACCUUCAGCUGGGCCUUUGCCAAAGCAGGGCGGACCCAGGCAGCCGAGUCGAUCCUGAAAGACAUCGCGCGGGCAGCCGCGCCAAAGGUCACCAGAGGUGACUUCAACGUCCAAGAUCUGUCGAACAUCGCCUGGGCCUUUGGGCGGUUACAGCUGCCUGCGCCUGAGCUACUGAAAGCUUUGGCUCUGAUCCUGCCGCAUCAUUUCUCCCCGCGCUCCAAGCGCUCCAAGCGGUCGCAGGGCGCGGUGCCGGGCGGCGGCUUUUCGCCGCAGCAGCUGGCGUUGCUUGGCUGGUCACUGGCGCGCAUGGGCGGCAAGGACGAGCUGAAGCUGCUGGUGGAGGCGGUGCUUCCAAGGCUCUCCGAGCUCUCCCCGAGGGACGUGACGGAUGUGGUGUGGGCACUCGGCCAUGCUGGGGUGCGACAUGAUGAGUUCCUGCAGAAAGCUGGCAGCUAUGCUUCUUCCCAUCAAGCGGACUUCGGCACCCAAGAGAUGUUGCGUUUCCUGGGCGCCUUUCGACGCGCGGGUGGAGAAGGACAGCUGCUGGCAGAGAUGGCCUCGAAGCAGCAACAGCUGCACUACGACUUCCCAGCGCUGCAGUUGGAGGUGAAGCUGAACGCCGAGAUGCCGGGGCAGCAGCACCAUCGCCGGCGCCGCGUGCGCGCCAGCGCGCUGCGGGAGAGCGAGGAGUUGGGGGGCGAUCCUCAACGUGCUGAUGGUGGAACCACAGGUGUGGCGCUCUGGGAGGCCUCCUUCGUCCUGGCCGAGUGGCUCUCGCGGCACGGGGACACUCUCGGCCUGGCAGCCUCAAGGGCCUUCCAGGAGUUGACGAAGGACUCCCCAAAAACGGCGAAGCGUUGGCGCUGGGCCAAGAAGCGCGGCGUGGAGCUGGGUGCAGGGCUGGGGCUGCCUGCCAUCGUGGCUGCGCGCUUAGGCUCGGAGGUGGUGGCCACAGAUGGAGAUGCCUGCGUCAUGAAGCUCCUGCGCCGCAAUGUGAAGGACAAUGGAGGUGCAAACCUCAGGGCCGAGGCUUUGCUUUGGGGAGCUGAAGAUCCACUGGGAAAGCUGGGCCUAUCGAGCCCUGUGGACUUUCUGCUGGCAGCAGAUGUCGUCUACGCCAGUGCCAAGGAGGCGCUCAACAAGCAGCUUUUGGAGACCAUGCUGAAGCUCACGCAUCCGGACUCUGUGGUGAUUCUCAGCAACGUGCGGCGCUUCCAUGAGAGCCACAAGGGCGAGGGCCGCUUCCUGGCCGAGGCGGACAAGCUCUUCUGGCGCUGCAGCGUGCAGCAGACGGAACUGCAUGUGGACUUUCAGCGCAGCGGUGUUGGCAGUUGCGUCAUCCACCUCCUCCGCCGCCGCAGCGCGCGGUGUGAGCGGAGUGUGCUGAGUGAGCGGCCACAGAUGGAUCAGGUGCAGAUCACAGCUGGCACAAAGAAGGUUUCAAGGUCGAAAAAGAAAUCCGCCGUGAAGAGGGCAGCUGUCCCUCCGGUUUCCGGGAUGGCCUUGAAAAAGAAGAAACGCUGCUCGUCGAAGAAGCCCACGGCCCGCGCCACCACGCACAGAAGCAGCGCCCAAGAUGGAGACAACACCAUCAGCGCCCAGAAAGAAAAGAAAAUUGAAGGUCGCCAGGAAAAUCAGCGAAGCAACGAAGCCCAGAAAGCGACGACCGAAAAAAGUGACGCCUGGGCGGCCGCUUUGCUGAAAGGCGCAGAGGAAGCUGUCGCCAAGCUCAAGGCGAAGGUGACAGAGCUGCGACAUGGCGUCCAAGAAGAUCUGAAGAUCUGGUGCUUGGGUGAGAGCAAGUUCAUGGACUUCAAGAUCCAGGGCUUCGAGCGUCGCAUGGCGGGCCUCGGAAGAAGGCAGACUCAGCUGGAGAUGGGCGUGAAGGCGAAGGAAACACGGGAAGUGGACACCUGUGAGAAGAAAGUCCUUGCCGGGAGCUUGGAGGAGAUGUUCAAAGCUGUCUCCAAGGGAGAUGAGGAGAAGGUGGAGAAGGAUGCUUUCUUAAGCUUCUUGACCACCUGUGAGAAGGAGGAGGGUGCAGAGACCUUCGGACCCUCAGAGCUGAGCACUUAUUUUGAUUCGCUGGACUCUGAGAAGGAAGGCUUCAUCAGCAAGGAGCACACGCUGAUGCUCAUUCGUACCCUCAAGAAGGUCAUUAAGGAGACCACCCUCACUGAUGGUCCGGACGUGAGCAGCGCCGCCAUCGUGGCCAAAUUGGAGGUCGGUGAUGUGGUGGAGCUCCUCAGUGAGCCAAGCGAACAAGGUGAGAUGGUGAGAGCCACCUGCCGGUCCAUGAGAGAUGGAAGUGAGGGAUGGGUGACACUCAAAGGCAAUCAGGGCUCUACCCACCUGACGGAUGGUGGACUGCUUUGGAGGGUUCAGAAGGAGACCGUCCUGACAGAGGCCUUCGAGGAGACCGACGCCAAGGUGGGCCCCUGGGGCCCUGGGGUGGCUGACCGGAAGUUGAGGCCCGGGGAACUGAUUGAGGUGCGGGAAUGGAUGAGAAAGGAUGAGCCCGGAGCCCUGGAGCAGUCCGGUGUGAUGCGAAUGAAGUGCCGGGCAAAGAUGGAUGGCAAGGUUGGCUGGGUCACCGUGGUCGGAAACACCGGCAUCGUGUACCUUGCUGUCCACUGA